UUAACUAUUACCAUUGGUUAUAGACAUUUCCCCUCCUCCAAGCAUCCCCUCCUUGCCUGUACCUCCUUCCUAAGUGUGUUAGUUUUUCCUGUCCCCUCCCAGGAAGUGUAUAAAAAAAUAUAGGAAAGGCAGAGAAAAAAAAGGUUAAAAAAAGGGGAAAGAGUUGUGAACUUUUACGGGAACCGAGAGAAUUAGGUGGGAGGGGUGGUCGGUUUGGGACAGGUUGCGGUAGCCCCCUCCAUCUAAAGUAUUAGGACGGAUUGUUUGCCUAAUGAGAAGCACAGACAUGACGCCCGACCUGCUGAACUUUAAGAAAGGAUGGAUGUCCCUGCUUGAUGGCAAUGGAGAGUGGAAGAAACAUUGGUUCGUUCUGACAGACUCCAGUCUUCGAUAUUACAGGGAUUCCAAUGCAGAAGAAGCAGAUGAGCUGGAUGGUGAGAUUGAUCUCCGAACUUGUACUGACGUGCCUGAGUUUGCUGUACAGAGAAAUUAUGGCUUCCAGAUUCACACUCAUGAGGGAGUGUUUACUCUCUCUGCUAUGACUUCUGGCAUACGUAGGAAUUGGAUUGAGGCCCUCAGAAAAAAUGUUCACCCCGUCUGCAUCCCUGAUGUAACAAAGCUUUCAGAAAGUAAUAAAGAAAACACGUUUACUGCGUCACGCAGUACUCAACGGCCAGAUGACCUGCGAGUGGGUUCAGAGGUCAAGCAGAGAAAGUUGGAACUUGCAGGCCCUCGCCUUGGGUCUUUUGAUUACGUGGAGCUGUCCCCUCUGUCCCCAGCAGAAGAGCGCGAUCAGAGGUCAGAGGAGCGUAGACGCUGGUUUGAGGCCCCAUCGGGAGGUGAAGCAACCCCCACUCGUCAGGUUUCCCUAUCAGCACUUUCAGAGGAUGAAAAGAAGCGUCUUAAUGAGGAAAUUGAAGCGAAAUGGAGGGAACUGGAGCGACUGCCUUUGAGGGAUGCCAAACAGAACCCUCUCACCUGUUUGCUUGCAGGAAACCGAAGUAAAGCUGGGGGAGAUGAUACUUUAGCACUGGAGAAGCAGAUUCAGAGCCUGAAAAUGCAACUGGAGAAGGCAAAGAAAGAUUUAGAGUCUCAGAGGGGAGGCAGUGAAGGCAUGGUCCCCACUGGCUUCAUUUCCCAAGCAGCAUGUGAGCGUAGCCUUUCUGAGAUGGAAGCUACCCACCAACAGUUAAUGUCCGAGCUGCAAAGACACCACGAGUGGGAGAUUCAGAGGCUACGUCAGGAAAAAGAACAGCAACUGGCUGAGGAAGCCGCUGCUACGGCCUCGGUGGUUGAAGCAAUUCGUAUAGCGCAUAAAGAGGAGCUGCAGCGGGAGUUGGAGAAGGCACGGGCAUACCAGCACUGGGGCUCAUCAGGAAAUGACAUGCUCCGCCGGCAGCAUCAGUCUGACGUUGAAUCUCUUCGGCGGGAACUGCAGGUGCUGUCUGAGCAAUAUUCCCAAAAGUGUCUGGAGAUUGGAUCACUAAACCAGGCUGCAGCAGAAAAAGAGAGAGAGCUUCAAAAGUGUCAGCUGGAAGUUCAGGAACUUCUUAGACAGAAUCAAGAGUUAAACAGCCGACUGUCUGAGGAGAUUGGGAAGCUGCGAGCAUUUAUAGCUGGUAAUGGACCCCAUGAUGAGGCCCUACAGGGAAGGAAGAACAGCGCUGAACUGGAGGUUUUGCUGAGAGUGAAGGAGAAUGAACUACAGUAUCUGCAAAAGGAGAUCUCUUGUCUACGGGAGGAUUUACAGAACAUGCAGAAGGAUAAGCGAUGUGCCUCGGAGAAAUACAAGGAUAUUUACAUGGAGCUCAAUAAUAUUAAAAUGCGCUCAGAGCGAGAGAUUGACCAGCUGAAGGAACAUCUGCGACUUGCAAUGGCAGCGCUGCGUGAAGAGGCAUCGCUGCGCAACAGUAUAGGAGAAUAAUGGUGAGCAGAUGGAUGGAUCAUGUGUGUGUUGGGACACACUGACAUAGUCACUCCACCUCUUUCGCCACACGCCUGCUUCCUAUAUAUGUGAAUCAAAUAAUUUUAUACUGUUCAUUAUUCAUUUUAUUAUUAAACGGAGAUCCUCUCAACGAUAUAGUUGCACAGAGACAGUGUCACAAGGUUAUUCAUGGCCCAGAACUGUUGCAUGGUGUUCUGGACAAUCUUUCUUCUAUCUGUUACAGACGUGGAAACUGUAAUGCAGCACUAUUGUGUGUAGAUAUGGGAGCAAGUAGUGUCAAUGCAUUGAGUGUGGUUGGAGGACCAGUUUUUUAGAGCACUGGAUGUAAUGGUGGCGAAGUGUAAGCUCACUGGUUAAUACUGGGCAAAUCAACGCAAGAGCGCUGGGUCUUAAGAAGAAAUAAAA